CACAGGAAGUCGAGCCGCUGCGCAAGUUAACUCGCUCCUAUAUAAGAAACAACGAAGGUCUUGAGAAUCACUACAUUUCAGCCUCCGUAUUCGUUCUCAUAUUGUAUAUCUAUAGUGUGACACGGUCAAUCAUCUUCAGACAAAAAAAAAAAAAAAAAAUGGAUAAUCUCAUACAAAAGAUUAUAUUGUCAUUGGUGGUAAAUGUGGGUUUAGUUUACUGUGAACCACCCUUAAAUAACCAAUACGGAGUACCUGGCAACUACGCAGGAGGAGGUAAUGGUCAUGGAACGCUAACAAACAGUUACGGUACUCCUAUUGGUGGCGGUCACGAUGAGAAUCAAGAUUACAUCGACAAUCAGCCAAAAUCUUACGAGUUUGGAUAUGCAGUAAAGGACGUAGCAACCGGAAAUGACUUCGGGCGAAGAGAGACCAGUGAUGGUGAAACAGUACGAGGGGAAUAUAGGGUUCAACUUCCGGAUGGAAGAACGCAAAUAGUGACGUACAGUGCGGAUUGGCGAACUGGUUUUCAUGCCGAUGUUCGAUAUGAGGGUGUUGCAACAUACCCUGACCAAUACAACACAAACAAUAAUGGCUAUAAUAACAACGACCCCUCUGGAUACAAUUUUCCUGGCAACAACAUUGACGCCAGUUAUAACACAGGUAACAAUGCGGGUUACAACAAUUACCAGAACGGAGGCGGAAAUUAUAAUGCUGGACCCAACUAUAAUUAUCAGUACGGCUCCAACUCGGUGGACAACAAUUACAACAGCUAUGCCGGAUAUUCGAGUAAUUCCUUUGGAUCGGGAAGCCCGACACCUACAUAUGGAACACCAGCUUACCAUUAAACGCGAUGGGAUACAUAUAUAUAUAUAUAUAUAUAUAUAAUUAUAAUCAAAAAACUAUAACUAAUUUUAUGAAAUGGAGAAAAAAAAAUUACAAAAUUUUUUUAAUCAAUUAUCUCAGUUUGUGAUAAUUUUUAAUUCUGUUUACCAUAUUGCCAAAGAAGACAGAAUCAAUUUCCCUUUUUAUCUGGGAAUAUUUUUUUUUAUAAAAUUCUUUUUAUUUCAAAAUGAAAUUUUAAAUAAAAAUAUUCAAUUUUGUAUAGAAAAAUUAUUGUUUAUAAAGUUACCAGAAAACAUACAUAUCCAAACAAAUGCAGUCUUG